GGUCACCUCAUCCAUGACAGGUGGACUGCAGCGCGCGCUGUCCGGCGGCUGUUAAAUGCAUGCGCACAAGAAAAUAGUCCCUGUGAGGAUAAAAGGCACGCGCUGCAGCGGGGAGGGCGGCGCCUUGAUCCCCUGCAAAGUUCACCCAGUAGGACGUUCCCUGCAGACACCGAUCCAAUCAUGUCUAAGGCAAAAGACGCCGGCUCCAGCAUCAUGCAGACCCAGCAGCUGCAAGCCGCCAUGGCCGACACCUUCAUUGAGCACAUGUGCCUGCUGGACAUCGACUCUGAACCGGCCGUGUCUCGCAACACCGGCAUCAUCUGCACAAUCGGACCUGCAUCCCGAGCUGUGGAGACAGCCAAGGAAAUGAUCAAGGCUGGGAUGAACAUUGCAAGAAUGAACUUCUCUCAUGGGACACAUGAAUACCAUGCAGAGACCAUCAAGAAUAUCCGGGAUGCGACUGAGAGCUUUGGGCCUGGAUCUGUUGACUACAGGCCAGUGGCCAUCGCUCUGGACACCAAGGGACCAGAAAUUAGGACCGGUCUCAUCAAGGGCAGUGGAACUGCUGAAGUGGAGCUGAAGAGGGGAGAAACCAUCAAGGUCACUAUCGACGAUCAGUACAAGGAGAACUGUGAUGAGAAAAAUCUUUGGCUCGACUACAAAAACAUCACCAAGGUGGUUGAGGUCGGGAGCCACGUCUACAUAGACGACGGUCUGAUUUCCCUCAAAGUUAAGGAAAUCGGUAACAACUACCUGACAUGCGAGAUCGAGAACGGUGGAUCACUGGGCAGCAAGAAGGGUGUCAACCUGCCCGGAGCUGCAGUCGACCUACCGGCUUUGUCGGAGAAGGACAUUCAGGACCUGCAGUUUGGCCUGGAGCAGAACAUCGACAUGGUCUUCGCCUCUUUCAUUCGUAAGGCUGCUGAUGUCCACGCUGUGAGGAAGGUUCUGGGCGAGAAGGGAAAGGACAUCAAAAUCAUCAGCAAGCUGGAGAACCAUGAAGGUGUGCGCAGAUUUGAUGAGAUCCUGGAGGCCAGCGACGGCAUCAUGGUUGCCCGUGGUGACCUGGGCAUUGAGAUCCCUACAGAAAAGGUCUUCAUUGCCCAGAAGAUGAUGACUGGCAGGUGCAACAGGAUCGGAAAGCCCAUCGUCUGUGCCACACAGAUGCUUGAGAGCAUGACCAAGAAACCCCGACCUACCCGCGCCGAGGCCAGUGAUGUAGCCAACGCUGUGCUGGACGGCAACGACUGCAUCAUGCUGAGCGGUGAGACCGCCAAGGGAGACUACCCUCUGGAGGCUGUGCGCACGCAGCACAUGAUCGCCCGUGAAGCCGAGGCCGCCAUGUUCCACAGGCAGAUGUUCGAGGAGCUGAGGCGCACCUCUCACCUGACCCGUGACCCUACAGAGUCUGUCGCCAUCGGCGCGGUAGAGGCGUCCUUCAAGUGCUGCGCCAGCGCCAUCAUCGUGCUCACCAAGACUGGCAGAUCUGCUUAUUUGCUGUCAAGGUACAGACCCCGGGCCCCCAUUAUUGCGGUGACCCGCUGUGGUAUGACUGCCCGCCAGUCUCACCUGUACCGCGGCGUCUACCCUGUGCUCUACACCAAGCCUGCCAACGACGUCUGGGCCGAGGAUGUUGAUCUGCGUGUCAACUUUGCCAUGGAAGUUGGUAAGCGGAGAAUGUUC